UUACUGAAGUAUUUUUUUGGAAGCGAGAGCCUGGCACUAUUAUUACCCAGGAUCCUUUUCGCGUCACGCAGAGAGGCAAGAAGAAACUUUCAACAUGGCGCUCCCAGUACCAAAAACGAUGUUCCAACACAUGCUCAAGGAAGGAGCAAAGCAUUACUCAGGUCUUGAUGAAGCAGUUUUCAGAAACAUUACAGCCUGCCGCCAGUUCACUCAGAUAACAAGAUCGUCAUUAGGACCUAAUGGUAUGAAUAAAAUGGUUGUGAAUCAUUUGGAAAAACUAUUUGUGACAAAUGAUGCUGCUACAAUAAUAAAAGAAUUGGAGGUUCAACAUCCAGCAGCAAAGAUGUUAGUUCUAGCUUCACAGAUGCAAGAACAGGAGGUUGGAGAUGGAACAAACUUUGUGUUAGUCUUUGCUGGUGCUCUUCUUGAUGCUGCAGAAGAGCUCCUGAGAAUGGGUCUCUCUCCUCCUGAGGUGAUUGGAGGCUAUGAAAAGGCUUGUAAAAAGGCUUUAGAGAUAUUACCAGAACUGAGUUGCUCGGGUUUAUCCGAUAUGAGGGAUAAAGAGGAAGUCAUCAAAGCUCUCAAAACUGCAGUGGGAAGUAAACAGUAUGGAAAUGAAGACUUCUUGGCAAAAAUUAUCACAGAAGCAUGCGUCUCUGUAUUACCAGAGAAAACUCCUUUUAAUGUGGAUAAUGUGAGAGUGGCAAAAAUUUUGGGUUCAGGUCUUCAUAGUUCAGAAGUUGUUCAAGGAAUGGUGUUCAAACGUGAGGUCGAGGGUGAUAUUAACUCACUUCAGAAUGCUAAAAUUGUAGCCUUUUCUUGUCCAUUGGAUGCCAUGACAACAGAAACAAAGGGUACAGUCCUCAUCAGAAAUGCAGAAGAACUAAAGAGCUUCAGCAAAGGAGAGGAAGAACAACUCGAAAAGCAAAUCAAGGCCAUUGUUGAUACUGGUGUUAACUGCAUUGUAACUGGAGGAAAAGUGGCUGAGAUGGCCCUACACUUUUGUAACAAGUUUAAUAUUUUAGUAGUUAGGUUAACUUCAAAGUUUGACUUGAGGAGACUUUGUCGGUCUGUUGGUGCAACAAUACUUCCGAAGUUUACUACCCCGACGUCAGAGGAGAUAGGUUACUGCGACGAAAUCAAGGUGUCAGAGAUUGGUGGUACCUCUGUUACAAUCUUCAAACAAGAGCGCGAGGAGACGGCCGUGUCUACUGUAGUUAUUCGCGGUUCAACUGAGAACAUCAUGGAUGACAUUGAGCGGGCUAUUGACGAUGGUGUGAACACUUUCAAAGCACUGUCACGGGAUGAUCGCUUUGUACCUGGUGCUGGUGCUACUGAAAUAGAACUCGCAAAACAGAUAUCUAGCUUUGGAGAGACCUGUGCAGGCCUAGAACAAUACGCCAUUAAGAGCUUUGCCGACUCCCUGGAGGUCAUUCCCAAGACCCUCGCCGAAAAUGCCGGCGUUAAAGCCACGGAGGUGAUUUCCAAACUGUAUGCAGCCCAUCAGGCUGGGGAUAAGAACGCGGGAUUUGACAACGAGAGUGGAGGCGCGGCAAUUAAAGAUGCUGUGAAAGCGGGAAUCCUCGACUUGUAUCUUGUGAAGUACUGGGCGCUUAAGUUUGCUACAGAUGCAGCCGUAACGGUGCUGAGAGUUGACCAGAUAAUCAUGUCUAAACCAGCCGGAGGACCAAAACCAAAAGAUAACCCUAACUGGGAUGAAGACUAGCUUAAGAAAAACAUUAAUUGUGAAUGAAGAAUUAUCCAAAGUCAGCGAUCUAAUCAAGCGAUGACCGUCUAUGAUUUCUCCGUUUCCUCUAUUGUUUUAGUCAAGUUUUAACCAGUCCUAGGCCGUGAAAAGUCCGUUCAUGACGUCACCGAAGUAGGUCACGCAAAGAAUGAACCGCGCGGAAAUGAACCAUUGUUAAGCAAAAUCGCUCACGCUCGUACCGCAAUUAUUUCUCCACGUUUUCGGUUUUCAGUGCACAUUUUAUUUGAGAGUGGAGGCUUAGCGAUGUACAAGAUAAAUAGAGGAGUUGCUGGACUUAUUUGAGUCCAGGGAGAGGUGUCUUAUCGAACUUUAAGUUAAUUUGUGGACACUGUGUCGAGAAACGGUCUUGGCUUUAGCCUGAAAUGUGGCUUUGUCCUUCAACAGAAAAAGAUAAUACGCGAAUAAACCAGUGUGUUAAAUGA